UUCUUUCACGAUUCCAGUAACCAGCGCCCCAGAACUCUCUUCCAGCAGCAAUAUCAAUGUGAAUGGUCGCCGCUCUUUCCAUGUGGAUGGCUCACCGAACUUGCCAACAAAUUUCCUCGCUUCUGGGGCUGGAGACAGAGUUAACCCCCCUGCUUAGGAGUGGAAGCUCCGAUGUCAUUUUCUUGCAGCAGCCUUUCAGAUACUUUGGACGCACAUACAAUCAGAUCUUCGUGAACAACAACGGCUACUUGACAUUUACCGAGCCGCUGUCUGCCUACAACCCCACACUGGAUUCCGCAAGAGACAUCGUUGCUCCUCUUUGGACUCGCCUUGACAAUCGACGAGGUGGAACUGUCUCCUACAGAGAGGAUACAAGCAAUGCUGUACUGGCACAAGUCACUGCAGCCGUUAACCAAUACUUCCCUAACAUACCUUUUGCUGCUACAUCAGCUUUUGUGGCUACCUGGGACAGUGUGGCGUACCAUAAUGGCGGAGGGGUGGUCACUUUCCAAGUGGUUUUAGCGUACAAUGUUCAUCGCUCUUUCAUCCUCAUCUAUUAUGGAGAUGUUGCAGAGACAGGACAACCUUGGCAGGCUGGUUAUAACACCGUGGACUCUGCCAGCUCUUUCACAAUUCGGGCAGCACGUGUCCCUGAACUCUUAUCGAGCAGUAAUAUCAAUGUGGAUGCUUGCUGGUCUUUCCAUGUUGAUGGGUCACCAAACCUGCCAUCUAAUUUCCUACCAUUUGGAAACGGAGAAAUAGUAACCCCCCGUUUGGAGAAUGGAGGCUCUGAAGUCAUUAAAUUGCAGCAGCCUUUCAAGUUUUUUGGACGCACACACAACCAGACCUUUGUCAACAACAAUGGUCAUCUAACGUUUACUGAGCCGCUGCCUGACUACAUUCCCCUUCUGAAUUCUGGAAGAGACAUCAUUGCUCCUCUCUGGACUCAACUUGACAAUCGCCGUGGUGGAACUAUCUCCUGUAGAGAGGAUAGGAGCAGUGCUGUUCUGGCACUAGUCACUGCAGCUAUUGACCGAUACUUCCCUAACAUAACUUUUGUUGCUACAUCAGCUUUUGUGGCUACCUGGGAUAGUGUGCCAUACCAAAAUGGUGAAGGGGAGGUCACAUUCCAAGUGGUUUUAGUCUCCAACACUCAUCGCUCUUUCAUCCUCAUCAACUAUGGAGACAUUGCAGAGACAGAACAAAUGUGGCAGGCUGGUUACAGCACGUUGGACUCUGUCCAUUCUUUCACAAUUCCAGUGACCAGCGCCCCAGAACUCUCUUCCAGCAGCAAUAUCAAUGUGAAUGGUCGCCGCUCUUUCCAUGUGGAUGGCUCACCGAACUGUAAGCCAAUGGAAUCAGAAGCUCGAGCUUAACCUGAACCAUUUGUGAGCUUGUUUCUUUAGCAGAACCAGAGAGUUCAUUCUCACUUAUCCUUUUCUUAGUGCCAA